CAGUCCUCCGCCCUCCCAGAAUCCUUCACGUCGCCCGCUUCUCCCCGCCCCCCUCUCUGCGGCCGGGCCGGCGGCGCAGGACCCAGGGCGAGCCCGCGUGUGGGGCUGCACCGCGCUUCUCGGCCGGGGGCUCGCUUGGCAGCAGGGUCAGGCCCGCUGGAUCCGCCCUUCCCGCCCGCCAUGGCUCCCCCCACAGGUAACGUUGUGGACAGCCAGUCCCACAGACCCCCAAUGAACCGACUAAGAUGGGACCUGACAGCAGAGCAAAUAGAGAACAUGACUGUCGAGCUCCUAGAGAGGACCAAGCAGGUCUAUGACCGGGUGGGCUCCCAGGAGCAGGGGGAGGUCUCCUAUGAAAAUACCCUCAAAGCUCUGGCUGAUGUGGAGGCGGAGUAUACAGUUCAGAGGAACAUGCUGGACUUUCCCCAGCACGUCUCCCCUCGCAAAGAUAUCCGCACGGCGAGCACGGAGGCGGACAAAAAGCUCUCAGAGUUCGACGUGGAGAUGAGCAUGCGGCAGGAUGUGUACCAGAGGAUCGUUUGGCUCCAGGAGAAGGCAGAAAGUGCUUCCCUGAGGCCUGAAGCGAAGAGGUAUCUAGAGAGGUUGAUUAAACUGGGUAAACGAAAUGGCCUUCACCUCCCGGAGGAGACGCAGGAGAAAAUCAAAGCCAUUAAGAAAAGGCUAAGCCUGCUCUGCAUUGACUUCAACAAAAACCUGACCGAAGACACCACCUCCCUGCCCUUCUCCAAGGAGGAGCUGGGGGGGCUCCCUGAGGACUUCCUGAACUCCCUGGAGAAGACCGAGAACGGCAAGCUGAAGGUCACCCUGAAGUACCCGCACUAUUUCCCCCUCAUGAAGAAAUGUUGCGUGCCUGAGACGAGGAGGAAGGUGGAGGAAAUGUUCAACUCCAGGUGCAAGGAGGAGAACUGCUUGAUCCUCAAGGAGCUAGUGGACCUGCGGGCUCAGAAAUCCAGCCUCUUGGGCUUCGACACUCACGCUGAUUUCGUGCUGGAAAUGAACAUGGCGAAAACCAGCAAGACCGUGGCUUCCUUCUUAGAUGAGCUGGCCCAGAAGCUGAAGCCCCUGGGGGAGAAGGAACGGGCCGUGAUCCUGGACCUGAAGAAGAAAGAGUGCAAGAAGCGGGACUUAGAGUUUGACGACCGCAUCAACGCCUGGGACAUGCGCUACUACAUGAACCAGGUGGAGGAGACCAAGUACAGCGUGGACCAGAACCUGCUGAAGGAGUAUUUCCCCAUGCAGGUGGUCACCGCUGGCCUUCUGGACAUCUACCAGGAGCUGCUGGGCCUGACCUUCCUCCUGGAGGAGCAUGCCCAGGUCUGGCACGAGGACGUCCAGCUCUACUCGGUGAAGGACGUUGCCUCGGGCAAGACCAUUGGGAAAUUCUACCUGGAUUUGUACCCCCGGGAGGGAAAGUACGGGCAUGCAGCCUGCUUCGGCCUUCAGCCAGGCUGCCUGCUGCCGGACUCCAACCGGCAGGUCUCCGUCGCUGCCAUGGUAGCCAACUUCACCAAGCCCACGCCGGACGUGCCGUCCCUGCUGCAGCACGACGAGGUGGAGACCUACUUCCAUGAGUUCGGCCACGUCAUGCACCAGCUCUGCUCGCAGGCAGAGUUUGCCAUGUUCAGUGGGACCCACGUGGAGCGGGACUUUGUUGAAGCCCCGUCUCAGAUGCUGGAGAACUGGGUGUGGGAGAAGGAGCCCCUGCUGCGCAUGUCCAAACACUACAAAACUGGCUGCCCCAUGCCCGACGAACUGCUGGAGAAGCUCAUCCAAUCCAGGCAGGCAAACACAGGGCUGUUCAACUUGCGUCAGAUCGUCCUGGCAAAGGUGGACCAGGCCCUUCACACCCAGACAAAGGCAGACCCAGUGGAGGAGUAUACCCGGCUGUGCGAGGAGGUGCUGGGCAUCCCCGCCACCCCAGGUACGAACAUGCCGGCCACAUUUGGCCACCUGGCUGGAGGCUACGAUGCCCAGUACUAUGGCUACCUCUGGAGUGAAGUGUAUUCCAUGGACAUGUUCCACACCCGCUUCAAGCAGGAGGGGAUCAUGAACUGUAAGGUGGGCAUGGAUUACAGGAACUACAUCCUGCGUCCCGGGGGGUCCGUGGAUGCAAGUGUCAUGUUGCGACGGUUCCUGGGUCGAGACCCCAAGCAGGAUGCCUUCCUGGCCAGUAAAGGACUGAAGGUUGAGUCCAGCUCGCUGCCUUCUGCCUGCUGAACACCCGCCCACCACCCUGUGAGUAGAGCCAGCUCCUGUGUCUGCGAACCCGUCCUCCGAGCCAGAGAACCAGGCAGCACCAGACGCCUCUGUCGUCCAAACACCCGCCGGGCGGGCUGACACCGCGGCUGCUCUUCGGCCCCAGAGCGAACGUAGGGCCUCGGGCAGAGGUUUAGAUCUGGCGCUGCCAUUUCCCCUCUCUGGAAUGACAGCCGUGCCAAGGGGAGGGCGGUGCAAUCCGUCACCCCUUGGCGCGGUGCGGCGUGUGUGUGUGUGUUAUAAGUAGCCAUACAAAUUGCCUUGAAGCUGAAACUUUGCACCCAGAGUGUCUGCACCAGGGGGCAGCUCGAUUGGGGGGUCAGGGUGUUAAAAAUUGGAUUCACCAUUUUAGAAGUGGCACCGUUGUUUAAAAGCUGAGACUUCCCCAGCCCUCAGCUUGUUUUGUGCCCAAAGGUAAAAUCACGGCUCUGAUCAUAAAACAAAUGAACAGAGAGAGAAUUAAAUAGCAGGGAGGAUUUGGGCUUGGUCUCCUCUCCAGUGGGCAGAUUGGAAACCUCAGAAUAAACCCGGCUGCGAGGCCAAGGUGUAAAAAGCCACAAAGUGCACCUGCGCUAACUUAAUAGCCUCGCUCACCCCUAAAAGGAAUAUUCCCGUCCACACUACUAGCCUGCCGGGCGAGUGGGAUGUUAGUCCCCUCUCGCCCCAGCAUCACCACGUGGGUCGAGGAGACUUGGCUCAGAACCUUCUCCAUUUUGUUUUGAUCAAAGUAAAUGAAAUUCCAGCCCAUGUCAGAAGGGGGCGCUGUCCCCUCUCCUCUUCCUCCCCUGUGAGGUGGGUGAGUGUAUUCAGAGCUGGAAGGGACGCCACCCUGCAAAGGUACCAAGCGUCCUCUUCUGGGCGGUCAGUACUUAGCAAGCUCGGAUGCUAACAACGCCGGGGGUGCGUCAGUAUCGUAACAUGACCGGGCUGCUGCAUCUCCGAAAGCAGAGGUUGGUCCAGGAAGCAGGGGGCACAGACAGAUGACAGCAAUGCGGUCCACAGGGAUACAAAUAUCUAGGGGCCUAGUGACCUGGCUAGGGAUCUUUUAAUGUUGGGCUGUGGGGAGCUGAUGAAAGUCAGCCGGCUCAGGGCCCUGUUUGCACUGCAGGGGAACCUGUGAGAGCAGCGACUCCAUCCACCCACGGGUACAGCCUAGUGCCAGCCCUACUGCAGAGAAGCCAGUGCUGGUACCAUAUGCCUCCCUCGCUGUCUAGCCACCUCUAACCCUGCUCGCAGUCUGUCAUCAGAGGCGUUGGUCUCCCCCUGCAAUCCAGGUGUCUUUGGCGGUGGGUCGCUCAGACUCUUGACAGACUGACCCGUCCGUUAUGAAAUGGUCCGUUUCAAUGGAAGUGUAGGCUGUGGAUCAGUCCCUCCUCCUCUGCCCCGGGAUGGCUAACCACUGCCUUCGCUCAUUUCAGCAAACGCCCUUUUUGGUUUAGUGUUUCGCUGUGCUGUGUAAAACCAAGCAGGAUGCGAUUCAGCUCCUUGUACAAUGAUCCAGCUGAGUUGCGUCAUCUCCUCUCACCCCUGCUUCUCCUCAGGGACAGUAGAAACCCACAGCAAAUUCUGGCAAAAACUGUUCUCCCUCCAUAUCUGAAAUUUCACACCGGGCCUAUUCUAUACUACUCGAUUCCUACUCUUGUAUAGUGUCAUACUAGAUGUAAGACAGGGAGAAUCAUCGGAAAUAUUUAUUAGCUUCUUAAUGUCAAUUACUGCUGCUGCUGGACCCAGUGUUACAGAAAAGCCCUAUGAACUGCCAGGCAGGAAUCUCACCUACUUCUUUUAGCUGAUGCACUUUUAAGCAUCACUUUUAAGGACUGUAGCAAAGCGUGAAUUCGUUUAAAUGGUACAAGCCUCCCACUAGGGUAAGAUUUGAGGUAUAAAUUGAUUCUUAUUCACACUCCCUUUUCUCUGUGAUUAUGCCCCAAACCACUGUUGAUCCAUCUCCGUUCUAACUGCUGCUGGUAAGUGGGUUAAAAACCAAAAACCCAAAUAACCAACCUUUUUAUUUUCUGUCUGAAAUUUUCCCCCAAACUCCCCGGCCCUGGGCAGGGAAAGGCAAGCGCAGACAGAGGGAGGAGGUGCAAAGUUUUCAAAAGUAGUCACUGAAUUUGAGCUCCUCAAUUGUUGGGGGAUCCAACUUGAGCCUCUCAGGGCUUGAUGUUUUUUCUGAGGAUGUUGAUUUCAGCUGGAACUGUGGGUGCCCAGUGCAGCUGUUGGACCCUUCUGAAAAUGUGUGCCACUCUUGUAAAAAGAACACUCAUAGUUGUGUUUCUUGCUUCAGCUUAAAGGAUUCAGUUAAAAAUCACACUUCCGCCUGGAUUUUUGUAACCUCCCAAGUCUCACCAUUAGUGAAAGAUCCAGGGGUGGGGGUGGAGUUGAUAUUUUCCCUAUGUUUUCACUAGGGAUGUUAAUAUUGGUUUUAAAAGUUAACCGGCUAAACGAUUAAAAUUAUAUCGUUUAACCAGUUACCUGUUAACCAAUGUCGCUCUGGCAGGGUGGCAGGGGCUGGGGUCCUGCUAGGGCCACUCCAGCCCGAUGUCGUGUCCCGCCUGCCAGCUGCGGGGUUUAACAGUUAAGGUCUGGUUAACGGUAAGCCUAAUGCUUACUGGUUAACCGUUUACAUCCCUAGUUUUCACUCCCACCCUGUGCAUUUGACAGCACUUCAUAAAACUGACUAGACACGCAGGAUGAAACCCUGCUUCCAUCGACUUCAGCGUCAGAACUCCCACUGAUUUCAGUGGGGCUAGGAUGUCACCCACAGUUCUCAUCCUCUCUAGUCAUUUUGCCUUGUUUAGGGUUUCUCAGUAACAGGAGAGAGAAACAUUUUGUUUCUCCACAAAGGAAAACGGGGCGUGUAAAUGUUCGCCCAAAUUGGAGAAGGGCCCAGUGACUGGGGUAGAAACUACAGCCGCUUUUGAUUCUUUGUUUUACCAGACUCGAAUUCAGGAUGUCUUUGCCCCUUCAACAACCUUCACGUUUACAGUGCCCAGCUCUGGAGCUUGCCCCCAGCCCGUGCUCCGAGAAACAGCAUCCACCCCUGUGCUGCUGUUAAGCAGCUGGAUGCAGCUCUGGCUGAGCAGGGAAGGUUUUGGGCAACGGGGAAGGAUAGAAACCGAACUCUGGGAGCUUAGCUCCUUGUGGGAGAUGGCAGAAUCUGCCAUCUGCAGGGCAUCCCUGGCACCGCCUGGCUUUCAGAUUUUCCGUUGUCCCUGGGCGCGGCUCAUCCCCUAAAGAGUGAAAGUGAGACUGUUGUUUUCUGGUGCUUCUGUUGUCAUACAGCAUAAACAAUCUGUAGUCUCUGGACAGGUCCCCUGGCCGCAAUCUGUCCGGUCCCCCCUCUUUGAAUUGCAAAUCAUCCCCUACCCUUAAGUUCCAGCUUCGGGAUCCUCCACACAAAAUCGGUUACAUUGCAGGAGCGACACCUGCCAGUCACCUGAACCCCCCCCGCCCCCCCAACCUUCAGCUUCCUUUUGAUUCUCAUUUCCUUCUCCUGCUGUGAACAUCAAAAGGGCUCAGUGACUGUUACGCGGUUGUUAAGUCUCUGUUGUUACCCGGAAACCUGUUGCUAUGUACAGCUGAAUGUGUCAAGAUGCUGAGCACCCUGGACACAGGAGUGGAGCGUAAUCCUGCUGUAGAAAUCUGGGCUGCACUAUUGGAUGGGUUUAGCUGGAUCUCUGCAUUAGAUCUUUCAAACAAAGCAUUCCCCCCAUGCCACCCCAAAUUCAGAUUGUUUUAAAUUCCACCCCCACCCCCUUCUUUAUUUAUUUGUAUAAAGGAAUCGUGGCUUUUCCCCUCCACACCUGGCUCAGUGUUAUUCACCAAGAAAAAUCCAGACACGGAAAAGGAUCAGUAAAAAUUGCUUCAUGAGCCAUGCAGGUGAAACCACCUGUGUGGCCCUGUCUCCCUGCCCCUUCUGGUGACUGGGGAAGGCGAUCGGAUGUGGGAUCCUUCCUCGCCGCCCGCCUCCCUGUUAUUUGGCUCGGCCUCCCGACGUUCCAUCCCAGGGCUGGGUAUGUAAGAAGUGAUGUGGCUCCUUGGUGCCCGCUGUGUACUUUACACACGUUUUCUCUCUUCCCCCCGUUCUAGACAUAAGCUCUAUCUCUGUCCCUGGGCGUCAGUGCACACAUGGCUCAUUGCUUUUAUGAAUCAAUAGUGUGGGGUGUUUGGUUUUUUUUUAAGUGUAAAGAUUCUGGGUUUUAAGGCCUUUUGACCUCCUUCCCUGCUCCCUUCCACCCACUUAGUCUUUUUACUGAAUAAGCUGGAACGGGAUAAACUACGCUUUCCUCUCUUCUAACCAGGCCUCUGCGCUGCUCCUCUCAGCUCGCCGUGGCAGUUUGCAUGCAGAGGCUGGAAUUCGUGUCCUCCCUGGGUCACAGGGAGGCACCUUUAGUUGUGGACCCUCCUAUCGUCCUACACAAGCCACCUGACGCUGUGGCAAUCUGUGCUCAAGGCGGGCUCAGGACUGGAAUAGCAGUGUGGCUCAAAGCUGCAUUGGUAGCCUGUGUGGUGCCCCUCUCAAAGCAAGGGGUAGUCGUGCCCUUGCUUUCACUAGCACUGGAAUUCACUCACGUGCCCCAUGGCAAAGAACAAACCCUAACUGCACCAGGCACCUUGGCCUUGGAGCGUGGCUGCUUUUCCCUCUCACCCCGUUUCUGCUUACCCAAUCCAACCGGGGGAGAGGUCAGGUUGUUUUCUGUUAACCUCCUCCCAGGUCAGGGUGGUGUGUUUGGAGUUUGUAAUGGUCACGUCCAGCCCUGCUUGUUACCGGGGUUGGAUUUUACAUGAUUCCUAGCACCAAUAAAGAGUUUUCGUAAAUUGA